UUCACUUAGUCGAGCAGUUUAGGCCAGUUACUAUUAACAAUAGUCACUAGCUAGCACCAAAGUCAGUAGAACAGUUAAGCAAGGAGGAUGUACAACCCAGGCUACCAGGUGGACGUUAUCGAUCCGUACUACCAGCCGCCCGUGGAGGUGGUGAAUGUGAUUGGACCCCCUCCGCCCGUGGAGGUGAUAAUGCCUUCGCCCAUGUACAAUCAACCGGUGGUCGUGGUGGAGCAGCCCAGCUACAAUCAGCCAGGACCCCCUCAGUCAGGACCCAGUGACGCCGAAUGCUGCAUGCUCCUGGGAGCCUGUUGUGUGAUGGAGGAGUGCGGCCUGUGUGUCAUCUCGUAGGAUUGUGCAGUUGUCAAAUACUUGAUAUAAAUAAGAACUAUGUAAA